CCACAAAAGGUGACCAUGGCAUGAUAUAUAAUGUUGCAUCCGUGUGCCAAUAGUGUCAACAAUGGGUCGCCCCAACUUCUUCAAACCACCACCGCACAUCCAAACCAUGACCACUACAUCACAGUCGUCCAGUGUCCCCGACCUUAUCACAUACCGUCUAAACGAUAAACUGGUGUAUGUCACUCCAGCCGCCACAUAUGAGCAAGCCAUUGCAUAUGCUAAAGAGGUCUUCACCGACGAGCUAGACGGAGUUGACCCUCAAUAUAUCUCAUUCUCCGUCCAAGUCGCAUUCAAACAAGAAAAACGACCCGUUGGCAUUGGCCCAAUGGCAUGGAAAUCAUUGAUUGCUCGAUUGCAGCAAUAUGAAGUAGUGGAUAUCAUGGUGCAUCCACAGGUUGUUGUUCACAGUCCUGAUGACACACCACCGGAGUAUCCCUAUGCCGACGACAACAAGGAGCAGCAAGAGUAUCUCUCACAACGUUCAUCUCCCUCAUCUCCCUCACGAGCUCUACCACGGUCGAGAUCAAGGACUCCACCAUGUUCAGCAUCGAGGGAGAGUUCUCCAGGUUUACGAACGCGGGCAUUGAGCUGGAUAGAGAGGCAUAUGAGUCCGGAAUGUGUGGAUACGUAAACAGACAGAAUCAGACAACUGAUUCAGUAUACCCGUCGACAAGCCUGGAUCAGCAUACCCAUCGGUGGAAGAAGGAUUUUGGAGCCGUAUUCUUAUUCAAUACCAUAGUCGUACACUGUAAUAUUUCUAGAUUUGACUGGAACGUUGACCAUUUCAUACUUGGAAACGCAGCGUAAGUCUCGG